GGAAGAAUUGACGGGGGAGGGGGUUAUUAUGGGAAGAAAUGAGUCCCAUGACUCACGACUGACAUACAAAACUGACGAUACUGUGAUAUAUUUUCAAGAAUAUAUACAAAACCAAAACAACGAAAAUUUAAGUGAGGAAAAUUCAGUCAACUCGUAUAAAAAUUCAACUACUUCCCUAUAUAAUGAAGUAGAAAAUCUAAAUAGCAGAAAAAGUGACUUUGAAUUCCCCCCGAUAACCUCUCGUUUGUGGAACCUGUGGAUAAAUGCAAAUAAACGACGACCAGAGCUGAUAGAGAGGGGCUUAAGAGUAAUCAGCAUGUUUAAAGAUUUCGAAAUACAUUUGAUGGAUCAAAUAUCGGAAAAUGAGUCGUGUAGUUCAGAGAAACUAAGACGAAUCAGUAGCAAUUCUAGCAUUUUUUAUCUCCGACCACAAAAAGAUGAAAUGAAUCAAUUUUGUUGGGAAAUUCCGCACGUUGAUGGAGUCGAAUGUUCUAAAAUGUCCCUCCAAGAAGCCUGCGAGUUACAUCGAGCUUCAUUUGUCCGGAAUUCCCAACAGAGACAGCAAAUACUCAAGCAAUUCAAAAAACAAGUAAAAAACGACCAAACAACGAGCAAAUCGACAACACAAAAUGUAUCAAUUGAACAGAAUAGUCGAUUAAGCCUGCCAAAACGGAGGCGGAUGUCGAAGGCUGAGAUCAAAGAACAGAACGCGAGAAUCUACGAGAGACUGCCUGAGGUGGUUGAAAGGAAGAAGGAGUUGGUUCGGUCCGAGUUCUACUCUCGAAACAGACAGCAAGUUCAACUGUUCAAUCAGAAGAUACUGGCAAGGCUGUUUUCCAGGGGUCCCAAAUAUUGUCCGAAUUCACGAUAUAAAUAUGUUGUGAUGAAGAAAAGUGAAGUGUCGUGAUUUUUUCGCUUUGUU